UUGUUUUGACAUUUGCUGGUACACCGUGGGUAAUAUUUUUGUUGUUCUUCCCCACAUUAACACGUGUGGUCAGUCGUAUUUAUUGCCCAUGUAAACCAGACUAUUCCAAUGGAUACAAGCGAUAUUUUUCGGAAACUAACAUGCGGUGUUAAAUUCUCCCCGAAAAAUAAUGUACUGUUGAAACGAAAGCAUGAACCACAUAAAAAAACGGACGAUAGUUCAACGGUGGUAAAAUUAGAAAUCAAAGAGGAAGAUAGUUCCGAUGAGGGCGGAACACAGGGACAGCCACUUCACGAAUUUACUCACAGCCCACUGCUGCUGAGCGAAGAUGAGAUUAAGGAAGAGAUCAAAUCCGAGGAUGGAGACGAUGACGACAGAGCGUCAAAAAAGAAAAGGCGACUCCUGACCCCGGAACAGUUGGGGCGAGCCAAGCAAAUGAAGGUGAACCGGUUGAGAAACAUCCAUCAGAUUAAGGUGAAGAGGAGUUCUGUACCCAUUCCGGAUCCAAUCGAGUGCUUCCAGCGACUUGCCGAGAGUCAUAACGUCUCCAAUCAAUUGAUCAAGAACAUUGUUGGAUGUGGCUACAAAGCUCCUACCCCGGUUCAGAUGCAAGCCAUCCCGGUGCUGCUGGAAGGUCACCCACUGCAUGCCUGUGCGCCGACUGGAUCGGGUAAAACGGCUGCGUUUUUGAUACCGAUUAUUCACCACCUGAAGAAACCAAUGAAGUGUGGAUUCAGAGCCCUCAUCGUUUGUCCUACGCGUGAGUUGGCCAAACAAACCCAACGGGAAGCGCUACGCCUGUGUGAAGACAUCAAUCUGAGAACUCACGUUAUAACUAAGGUCGAUGAAACGACCACCGAUUACGGGUUGGAGAGCAAGAAACACUACGAUAUAUUGGUGACAACGCCGAACCGGAUUUGCUUUCUGGCCAAUCGUAAUCCACCGUUGAUCGAUCUAAGCAACAUUCAGUACAUUGUGGUUGAUGAAGCCGACAAGCUGUUUGAGGAGUCCAAAAACGGUUUCCGGGAGCAGUUGGAUUCGAUCAUGGGUGCGUGUACCAAUCCCUGCAAGGUGGUGGCGUUUUUCAGCGCAACUCUGACCAAGGAUGUUUCGCUAUGGGCUGGUGCCAAUAUGCCAAACAGAGUUCGCUUUUCAGUUGGGGCCAUUAAUUCGGCAGUGGAUCUGGUCGAGCAGGAACUACUGUUUGUGGGGAGCGAGAGCGGGAAGCUGCUGGCAAUCCGUGAGAUGGUCCACAAAGGAUUGACUCCACCGGUGUUGGUGUUUGUGCAGAGCAAAGAUCGAGCGCAGCAGUUGUUCACCGAGCUUAUUUACGACGGAUUGAACGUGGAUGUCAUUCAUGCCGAUCGGAGCCAGAAGGAACGGGACAAUGUGGUGCGAUCGUUUAGGGAGGGAAAAAUCUGGAUUCUGAUAUGUACCGAACUGAUGAGUAGGGGGAUCGAUUUUAAGGGUGUUAAUUUGGUCGUGAACUAUGACUUUCCACCUUCGACCAUCAGCUACGUGCACCGAAUCGGGAGGACGGGUCGUGCUGGAAGACGCGGCAAGGCAGUUACCUAUUUUACGAAAGACGAUACGACCAAUCUGAGAAGCAUCGCACAUUUGAUAAAGAGCGCUGGCGGAAGUGUUCCGGAGUACAUGCUGAAACUGAGGAAGAGCACCACACGGGAAAGAAAGAAGCUGGAACAGAAGGCACCGAAGCGAGCGGCCAUUCGGACGCUGCCGGCAUUCGAAAUGCAGGAACGGGCGAAACGGAAGAAAAUGAUUGCCAAGAGUAAGGCGAAAAAACAACAGCAAAACGGUGGAGGAAAAUCUUCUGUACAGAUGAAGAAAAAAAGUGGGAAGGUUCAAUGAAUUCUCUGUUUUCUAUAGAUGAAUAAAGCAAUUGGUUGGUUAACGUUAGACUUCUGUUUA